AAUUGGCAACAGUGACGAAGCGACCACAGCGCUUCUUUCUCUUACAGGCCUCCGUCGACUCCCGUGCUUAAGUAGCUGCAGUGGCCCAGCAGGACACCCUGUCUCCGGCUGUGACCCAUGGCCAGGACCGUGUUCUGCGACUCCAAGCCUCUGCUGGACUUACACAAGGCGGACGAGAGGCAAGCCCUUUCAAGAUCUUGGGCAACUACCUGUGGGUCCACCAAUUGCUGGCAGCUCAUGGAAAUGUCAGAGUCCAGGGUGGUCCCUGUGAAAAGGGAUCCCGAACACAUAUGGCACAGGAUGUCAUUAUCUCAAAAGAGCAACAGCGUCUUUGAAGCUUGGACAUACUCCGCUGGCAGCAUCAUCCAUGCCAAAGGUGGAUGUCUGGAGGAGCUUUCUCUUCUUUGCCCUCGCAGCCUGCAUGGUCUACACAGCCUGCAGGCACUCAUGCCCAGUCUGCUGCGCCAUGAAGUGGAGAUGGCCCUUGAGAAGCUGGACCUCAUAAGGGACCGGACAUAUGCCUGGGAAAUGUUCCUGGACAUGAUGAGAAGUCAAGCAUGGAACUCAUUGCCCAAAUUUGAGCUGCCGCUACACUUUACCGACACCACCCGUGCCGUCCUGGUUGAUUGGCUUAUUCAAGUCCAUGAGACCAUGCAUUUCCAGGAAGAGACUCUCUAUCUGGCUAUCCAUCUCCUCAAUUGCUCCCUGCGUCUACUCAAGGUGACCACAGCCAACCUGCAGCUCCUAGGCAUGGUCUGCCUCUUCCUGGCCGCAAAGAAAGAGGAGUCUCUCCUCCCUGAGGUUUCUGGACUUUGCUACCUGAUGGACCACGCCUACACCAAGCAUCAGCUGCUGCGUAUGGAGCGAAAAGUCUUAAGCGGGCUUAAAUUUAAAUUGUCUUACUGUCCACCUUUGCAUUUUCUCCUCCUGCUCGCCUCCAUUGCACGCUGCAGCGCUCAGAUGGUGUGGCUGGCUCGCUAUCUGCUGGAGCUGUCGCUGUUCGAGGGCCAGUGUGUGACGUUUUUGCCUGUGCAGCUGGCGGGGGCGGCGCUCUGCUUGGCCCGCCAAGUCCUGCAGGAGCCUCCGACACCAGAAGGGGAGGCCGCCUGGUGUUUGGCCUCCAGUAUCCAUGUCGGCAGUGAGACCAUCUUGUUAAGGAUCAUGCAAAUCCUUGCCGGUGCAGCAGCUAAAGCACACACCCAAGACACCUGCCAUACUUUUAUUAAAUUCUCCUCCCCGGAAACCAUGCACGUCAGCAGACACCCUGGUCUCAAGAACGCAUCUGCUCUAUUGGGCGUUUGCGCUUAAUUUGUGUGUCCUGAUACUACAUAACGAUGACACGAGGGGCUGACUCUGUUAAAGCGGGUAUUGCAGAGGGGAGGAAGAAGUGUGAAUAAUAAUAUAUGAUGGCAAAACUUGUACCAGCUGGUUUUAUGAUCUUAUUUUGCAGCUGAUUUAGAAAAUAUUUCAAUUGUAUCAGUGUAUUGUGGAUAGGCUUUAAAAUGUAUUCAAGUUUUAAUGUAAAAAUAAAGUGUCUGCUGCAAAGUAUGAUUUUAAUUACUA